AGGAGGGAGCGCAGCAAAAUGGCGGCGGCGGGGCCCGAGUCGGGGGGCAGCAGCGGGAGCAGCGGCGGCUUGGCGGAUUUCAGCUUUUUGUGCUGCUCGGUGAUGUCAUAUCGAAGAGGGCAGCCAGGCUCACAGACAAUAAGGAAAGGGCACAGAGGAGUGGACUCCACGGGCGAGACAACCUACAAAAAGACAACAUCAUCUGCCUUGAAAGGUGCCAUUCAGUUGGGCAUCACACACACAGUGGGAAGCUUGAGCACCAAACCCGAGAGAGAUGUUCUCAUGCAAGAUUUCCAAGUAGUAGAAAGUACUUUCUUCCCAAGUGAAGGGAGUAACCAGACCCCAGCUCAUCACUACAACGACUUUCGGUUCAAAACCUACGCUCCCGUGGCUUUCCGCUACUUCCGGGAGCUCUUUGGGAUCCGGCCAGAUGAUUACCUGUACUCUCUCUGCAAUGAGCCUCUCAUUGAACUGUCAAACUCUGGGGCCAGUGGGUCCCUCUUCUACGUGUCUGGUGACGACGAGUUCAUCAUCAAAACUGUUCAGCACAAAGAGGCUGAGUUCUUACAGAAGCUGCUGCCUGGCUACUACAUGAACUUGAACCAGAACCCCAGGACUCUGCUGCCAAAGUUUUAUGGCUUGUACUGUGUCCAAGCUGGAGGCAAAAACAUCCGCAUCGUGGUGAUGAACAACUUGCUGCCCCGCUCUGUCAAAAUGCACCUCAAGUAUGACCUCAAGGGCUCCACCUACAAACGCCGAGCGUCCCAAAAGGAGAGGGAGAAGGUCUUCCCAACCUACAAGGACUUGGAUUUCAUGCAGGACAUCCCUGAUGGCCUUUUCUUAGACGCUGACAUGUAUAAUGCUCUGCGCAAAACCUUACAGAGAGAUUGUCUGGUUCUGCAGAGCUUUAAAAUCAUGGAUUACAGUUUGCUGGUUGCAAUCCAUAACAUGGACCUGGCUCAGAGGGAGCACGGGGUGGUGGACGGGACGUCCCAGGCGGACACGCGGCGUCCUGCGGCCCAGAGGGCUCUGUACUCCACAGCCAUGGAAUCCAUCCAAGGAGAGGCCCGGAGAGGAGGCACCAUUGAAACUGAUGACCAGAUGGGAGGCAUCCCCGCCCGCAACGCCAAGGGGGAGAGGCUGCUGCUCUACGUGGGCAUCAUUGAUGUCUUGCAGUCCUACAGAUUUGUCAAGAAGCUGGAGCACUCCUGGAAGGCCCUUGUCCAUGAUGGGGACUCUGUAUCAGUGCACAGACCUGGCUUCUAUGCUGAAAGGUUCCAGCACUUCAUGUGCAACACCGUGUUCAAGAAAAUACCACUAAAGCCAUCCCCUUCCAAGAAGAGUCGCUCUGGCACGGCGGUUCCCCGGCGGAGCUGCCAGGGAGGGGUCCCCUCCCAGCCACCCCUCUGCAGUGAGGCCAAAGCACAAAUCACAGCAGAGGCAGAUGUAGAGCAAGGUUCCCACCUUGGUCGCCCAGAUCUCCUGCCCAGGACACUGCCAGUGGAUGAAGCCAACAGCGAUUCCGUCGCAACCACCCUCUCCACCUCUUCCCUGGGCAGUGGAGGCCUCAACUCACCUGCAAACAGGUCAGUGGGAGUACAAGUGCACAAAGCUGACAGCUCAGCAAAGGAUUUGCCAAGAGCAGCUCCUGGCACCUUCCUGCCUAGGUCUUCCCCUUGUGUCUCCCCAGCGGCUCCCCGGGACCUUCCAUACCCGAGCGCUCCCCAGACCCGACCCGACCCGGCCCGGUUCUCACGGGACGGAGCCAAGAUGGUUCUGGAGAGCACCAUGGUGUGCGUUGAUAACAGUGAGUACAUGAGGAAUGGGGACUUCCUCCCCACACGCCUGCAGGCCCAGCAGGAUGCUGUCAACAUCGUCUGCCACUCCAAAACCCGCAGCAACCCUGAGAACAACGUGGGGCUCAUCACCUUGGCCAAUAACUGUGAGGUGCUGACCACGCUGACUCCAGACACGGGCAGGAUCCUUUCCAAGCUCCACACGGUGCAGCCCAAAGGGAAAAUCACCUUCUGCACGGGGAUCAGAGUGGCUCACCUGGCCCUGAAGCAUCGCCAGGGCAAGAACCACAAGAUGAGGAUCAUUGCCUUCGUGGGGAGCCCCGUGGAAGACAACGAGAAGGAUCUGGUGAAGCUGGCAAAACGUCUGAAGAAGGAGAAAGUCAACGUGGACAUCAUCAACUUUGGGGAGGAGGAAGCCAACACGGACAAGCUGACCUCCUUCAUCAACACCCUGAACGGGAAGGAUGGCACCGGGUCCCACCUGGUGACGGUGCCCCCAGGGCCCAGCCUGGCAGACGCCCUCAUCAGCUCCCCCAUCCUGGCUGGGGAGGGGGGGGCCAUGCUGGGCCUGGGCGCCAGCGACUUCGAGUUUGGGGUUGACCCCAGUGCUGACCCAGAGCUGGCUCUGGCUCUGAGGGUCUCCAUGGAGGAGCAGAGGCAGCGGCAGGAGGAGGAGGCCAGGAGGGCAGCGGCCGCCUCUGCGGCUGAGGCCGGGAUCGCUGCUGCUGGUGGGGAUGAUUCAGACGAUGCUCUGCUGAAGAUGACCAUCACCCAGCAGGAGUUCGGCCGCGCGGGGCUGCCCGACCUCAGCAGCAUGACGGAGGAGGAGCAGAUCGCCUACGCCAUGCAGAUGUCCCUGCAGGGGGCUGAGUUUGCCCAGGCAGAGGCGGCCGAAGUCGACAGCAGCGCGGCCAUGGACACCUCGGAGCCGGCCAAGGAGGAGGAUGACUACGACGUGAUGCAGGACCCCGAGUUCCUGCAGAGCGUCCUGGAGAACCUUCCCGGGGUGGAUCCCAACAACGAGGCGAUCCGGAACGCCAUGGGGUCGCUGGCGUCCCAGGCAGCCAAGGAGAACAAGGAGAGGAAGGAGGAGGAGAAGAAGUGAGGGGGAAAAGGGGGGGAUGGGACGGGGCUUG